AAUUCAUUUUUUCGGGUCGAUUUUCGAGUAAUCAUUCAGUUCCCCAACCGAACGCCCAUGCCUACCCACACACAUGUGGGACUCUCUUGUCUACGAGGCUUUGAUUGACGGUGAUAACACCACGAUCGUGUUUGUGAAGGGACUCAAUCUACGGCCAGCAAAAGUCUACAAUGCUUCAAUAUUCGAUGUACUGAACAGUCAACAGAAGGUCAACGGUUCCAUCAAGGUCUCUGUUAGAGUCAAGGGCAGGGGAGUCCUGCACUCUGCAGCCCGGCUGGGUCGUCCCAGAGGUCCGAAUCGUAACCCGGUCACCCAAAAACCACAUGAAAUGUGCAUAUGUACCAUGGUAUAUAACCAAGCUAGGUUUUUGAAGGAAUGGGUCAUGUACCAUGCUCGGAUUGGGGUGCAACGUUGGUACAUUUACGACAACAACAGUGAUGACGACAUUGACAGCCUAAUCGAGUCGUUAUUAGAUGCUAAUUACAACAUCUCUAGGCGUGCAUGGCCAUGGUUUAAGGCACAAGAGGCGGGAUUUGCGCAUUGUGCCUUGAGAGCUAGGGAUUCUUGUGAUUGGGUCGGGUUCAUCGAUGCAGAUGAAUUCUUCUACUUGAAAUCGGGGUUAAUGUUCCACGACGUGCUAGAGGAUGUAAGUUUAAGGUCCACUAGUGUCAAUUCCCGUACCAAAUUGAGUAAGUAUGGGAAUAUUGGUGAAAUUCGUGUUUCGUGCUAUAGUUUUGGACCAUCGGGGCUAAAACAUGUACCGGAACAGGGGAUGACAGUUGGGUACACAUGCCGUAUUUUAGCACCUGAAAGGCACAAGAGUAUAAUUAGGCCAGAGGCGUUGAACUCUAGCUUGAUCAAUGUGGUGCACCAUUUUCACCUAAGGGAUGGAUUUAGGUUCAUGAACAUGUACAAAGGUGUGAUGGUAGUGAACCACUACAAGUACCAAGUGUGGGAAGUGUUCAAGCAGAAGUUUCAUAGAAGAGUGGCAACUUAUGUGGCGGAUUGGCAAGAUGAAAAAAAUAAGAAGAGGAAAGGCUCACGGAUAGAAGAGGGAAUCCCUAAGCUUUAGAUUUGAAGAGGCAACAUAUGGUGCUUCUAAUGCAAUUGUUCCAUUUCUUCUCGAACUUUAAAAGUAUGAACAUUGGACAUUUUUCCUUAAGAACUUUCUGUGAAAGUUGACUCAAGAUCUUUGGGACGUGGUCGAAAAGGGUACUGAUGCUCUUCCCUCUUUAGACAAGGUUGAUCAGACGAAAAAGAAUGCUGCAGCUCUACAUGCAAUUCACAUUACAUGUUCACCAUGUGUUUUUGCUUUUAUAAAGGAUAUCAGUUCUGCCAAAGAUACUAGGAACAAAUUGGCUGAAAUGCAUCAACAACGGCAAUCCCAUUCCCACACUGAAUCAUCAACCAGUUCAGUGUCAAUUAGCAGAACAGAGAGGCCUACGGCCAACCAGUUGGCGUGGACAAUAUACAACAAAGGAGAUUGGAAGACCGUACAUAAGAUUUUC